AGAAACGAAGUACAGCAAUAGAAGAACCUGAUAAGUUUAUCAUAAUAUAAUUAAUCAAUAUUGCUCCACACUCAAACACACAUUUGCUAUACAAAGCCGAUCAUCGUAGCUAAAAAGCCACUAUACGCAAUCAUUAUUUAACUAGCGCAAACAAGCUGUCCUCAUCGAUAGCAAAACUCUGCGAAUGAUGAGCCAAUCAAACACAGAAACAAACAAACAAACAGCCCUGGUGGCUGGAAGUAAUAUAAACUUCCUUUCUUCCUUUCCACACGCGGGGCCGAGUUUGCGCGCGAUCGUGAGCGACAAACGCGCUCGGGGCACUCACGGGCCAUCAGUUCGGUUCGUUAGCCGCGCGGCUUCGGUUUUGUGUUGCCGAAAAGCGCGCGCUAUGCCGGGUUUGGGUGAUGAUAUCGGGCACCACCAUGCCGACCAUCGACGAAUCAUCAGUCAAGUCAGACAAAUUUCUCGCGCGCUUGAGAAUGGUUGCAAUAAAAAGCUUUGGCGGCUGGGUGAGAUAAGUUUUUUCUCGCGAGUGGACGAGUUGGGCAGCGCCAUGCAAGUGCGUGAACCGUUGCAGCAAGUGAAGUGGAGUGUGGCUACAAAACUAAGUAAUAUUACAUUGUGUGUAUCUGCAUUGACGUACCGCGCUGGCCAUAAUUGUGUAGUGUGAGUUCGUAUGUUGUGCAGUAUGCAGUGUACAUGAAAAAAAGAAACCAUCAAUUUUACUGUGGUUGAGAGAACAUGAUAAAAUUACCUCGUUUGCAUCACUGCUAAACAUGUCGGUUAAGCGCACGGAACGUGGACUACGCAUCGGCUGGUGGAUAUGUGGGUGUACAUUAUGGGGAUUCUUCAUGCUUCCAGUUGCCAACGGUGCCAUCCCCGAAACGGCAUGUGGCCGGGCAGGACAGUUGCUCGGUAAUUGCUUCCGUAAUUUCACCCCAACCGUUGCGGUCGAAGCACUGCAUGCGGUUAAAAUUCCCGACUCGCUGGAGGAAAUCAACAGCCGGUGCCUAAUCUUCAACCGCGGAAUGGAAUGCGUCCGCCAGUAUCUGAGGGAGUGCGUCAAUGCGCGGCAGCGGAAAAUUAUCGAAAACGAAGUGUACGGUGCACAGAAGCUGUACGAGUAUCUGUGCUACGAUCAAGCCUUCCAGCGUGAAUUUCUACGGCACAAGAGCUGCUUCCAGCUGGUACAUCCCGAGUGGGAUCUCUGCUCGAACCAGUUCAUAGGCGUGCUGAAGGAGGAGAUGGCCCGCGUCACCAAGCAGUCGAUCAAUGUUCAAUACGUAAACUUUUGCUGUGCUCGGUAUGCGUACGAAAACUGCGUGUACGACAAUGCCCGCUACAUCUGCAAACCGGACUCGGCCGUGUUUUUGCGCCGCAUCGCCAAGCUGCUGUCCACCGACAAGCACUUCCUCAACUGUGAUAGGAUUGAAAAUGAGCUCUGCUCCGGUGCGGUCCGUGUCCCCGGUGAGUACGCCACGGUGCCGCUUCUCCUUCUCCUCCUUCUCCCCCUGCUCCCGCUGCUACUGCUGACGGUCGGUGCGGUACGGUAGGAGAAACAGCUUGCCAGCCACAACGGUAAUUCGCGGUACGUACCGCGGCGUACCGUCUCAUACAGGGUGUGUAUAUCUUAUUGUUAUUACACAAAAAACGAUUGCUGUACGCGACUGUAAAGAGUGUCGUAUGAAUAAAGUAAUGUUUUAUGUA